GAAUCGGCUGUGGAAAAAUCCAACUUGCUCUCCCGCUUCGCCCGUAACGAGUUCGACGCCAACUCCAAGGCCACCAUCGGCGUCGAGUUCCAGACCCAGCUCGCCGACAUCGACGGCAAGGAAAUCAAAGCCCAGAUCUGGGACACCGCCGGCCAGGAGCACUUCGGGGCCGUCACCUCCGCCUACUACCGCGGCGCCGUCGGUGCCCUCGUCAUCUACGACAUCACCCGCCGUCAGCUGAAAUCUCCCUGCCGGAUUCCACUUCCACAGCGACCUAGUCUAUGA